UGCCCCGAAUACACACAGUGCCCGGGGGUGGAGCCCGUGUGCGUGGACCUGGGCAACUGGGAGGCCACAGAGCAGGCGCUGAGCAGUGUGGGUCCGGUGGACUUGCUGGUAAACAACGCUGGUGUGGCCCUGCUACAGCCCUUCCUGGAGGUCACCAAGGAGGCCUGUGACACGUCCUUUGAUGUUAACCUUCGGGCUGUCAUCCAGGUGUCCCAGAUCAUGGCCAGAGGCUUAAUAGCUCGCGGAGUCCCAGGGGCCAUCGUGAAUGUCUCCAGCCAGGCCUCUCAGCGUGCGGUGACUAACCACAGUGUCUACUGUUCCACCAAGGGUGCCCUGGACAUGCUGACCAAGGUGAUGGCCCUAGAGCUCGGGCCGCACAAGAUCCGUGUGAAUGCAGUGAACCCCACAGUGGUGAUGACGCCCAUGGGCCAGGCCAACUGGAGUGACCCCCACAAGGCCAAGACCAUGCUGGACCGCAUCCCACUUGGCAGGUUUGCUGAGGUGGAGAACGUGGUGGAUGCCAUCCUCUUCCUGCUGAGUGACCGAAGCAGCAUGACCACAGGUUCCACUGUGCCCGUGGACGGGGGCUUUCUGGCCACCUGAGCCCCCUCCCACACACACCUCAGCCCCAUGCUAAGCCCACCCCUUCCCCCCAUCCCUCCAAUAAACGUGAUUCUCCUGCCUAG